AAUGUGAUUCGUCCGCCAGUACCGUUGACGUUGUAGUUUGUAGUGUUUGAUUUCGCACGAUGACAAAAUAAUGCAACGGUAUUUUAUUGAAUAUUCUCAAACUCACGACUUGCAUUAGCAUAAUGGUACAAAUAUUUAAUAAAAUUUAGACUUCUAUAACAAGGCCGACGCAGACGCAAAAUGCAAGUAACAACUUUAGGGAAUGUUAUCAGCACUCUCGCUAUAACUACAACAAUAUUGCAGUUUUUCUCUGGCGCCCUCGUGUGCAAACAAUAUGUUCUUAAUAAAACAACAGCUGAGAGUUCAUCGCUCCCUUUCGUUUGUGGCACACUAUGUUGCUGUCUAUGGUACCUGUAUGGGUCAUAUAAGAAAGACGAUGUUAUAAUUCUAGUUAAUAUAAUAGGUAUAACACUUAUGGUAAUCUACACAGCAGUAUUUUACAUAUACACAUUCAAGAAGUCCACUGUUUUAAAACAAAUAUUAUGCUUGCUCUUUUUCCUGAGUUUUGUCAUAUGUUACAUUAAUGUAGAGGAUGAUAUUCAAGCCCUUUAUGUUACACUAGGUUUUGUUGCUAGCUUGUUUACACUAGUAACAAUAGCUGCACCUUUGAGCAAACUACUUCAUGUAGUUAGGGUGAACAGCACUGAAUGUCUUCCCUUUCCAAUGAUCUUAAUGUCUUUCUUUGUUUCACUGCUGUGGUUUCUCUAUGGGACAAUACAAAACGAUAUCUUUUUAUGGCUCACCAACUUGGUUGGAGCGAUAUUAGCAAUAAUUCAACUGUCUCUCUUUGCCAUAUACCCCAACAAGUCCCAGUCUCCAAGUUUAAUGAAGAAUAUAGUAGAAUAAUUUUAUUUAAAUUAAUAAUUUGCUGUGCGAGAAGCAUUUUUAGUUUU